AUGAAGUCUCUCCAGUUCCUUAGUGCUGAGGCGUUUGUGUCAGAUGCUGAGUUUGCAAGGAAGAAUCUUGGCAGUGUUGCCCAUAAUCUUUUUCCUCUUCUUUUUAAAGCCAGCUAUUUACUGGAGCAAACGGAAGUGAUUCAUGACUUGGUUGAGACCUGGCCACUUGCUGACUUUAAUAUAGGAAAACUUCUGGGAACUACUGUGGACUACCAGGAAGAUCUGAGCCAUAGAAGAUGCUCAGUGUGCUUGGAGAGCUGUCUAACAGGGCUGAGAGACUAUGUAUUGAAUCAUCCUUCUCCCUGUGUGAAAAGGUUGAAAGUGGUGGACCUGACAGGUAUAAAGGAUGUCGAAGUUCAGCUUUGUGAAUGUAAGAAGACAAUGGGGAGGUGGGCCAGGACUAAGCUGCUCUCAAAGCUUUGUCUAGAAGUGCUGGUCCACCUGCAACAAACGCAAUGCAAGCCACGUGCCUUUGAAAUCAGUAUUGAUGUGCUAAUAGACUUGUUUGUCACAGAACGCAACUAUGAGCUGGUAGUGCAGGCCCUGCUGCAGAAACGUUAUUGUCCACUGAAGAUCUGCUGUGUGGCAUUUAGAGCUGACAACCUGGCUUUGCAGAAAUUCUUCUACAUCAUAAAGCUCACUGAUCCUUCUUCGUUGCGCAAACUGGAAGUAGUUCACAAUGUUCGCUUGGAAAUGGAACACUUGGAAAUACUCUUCAACAGUAUUCACUUCCCUCUACUGAUGUCUUUGACCUUGCCAGCUCGCACAUUUAAUGUGCGGAGGCUCACAGCUACAGAUGAACUGAUGCUUACCACCAUCGGAAAAAAGAUGGGUGAAAUGACGCAACUGACUGAGCUCAGUCUGGCAUUUUCUAUACUCACAGGAAGAAUACGGAAGCUGCUCAGCCCACUAAAAACUCCACUGAAGAUGCUGGAUGUUUCUAACUGCUCAUUGAACCAUGCUGAUAUGAUCUAUUUAGCCAAUAGUAUCCAUUCUUACCAUUUGGAAACACUGGACCUCAGCGGGCACAAUAUUCCCGAACUUUAUCCAUCAGCAUUCUUUAAGCUUCUUAGCCAUUCCUCUCCAGUGCUUAGGAGUCUUGUCUUGGAGGACUGUAACAUCCAAGACACUCAUGUCAACAUGUUGAUCGUAGCAUUAAGCCCUUGUCAGAAACUGCAGGAGUUUAAGUUUCUUGGAAAUCCACUGUCAUCCCAAGCACUUAAACACCUUUUCACAUUUCUCUGCGAGUUGCCAGUGCUGAAAAUUGUGGAGUUUCCAGUUCCAAAGGACUGCUACCCUAUUGACAUCACCUACCCAAUUGACGAUGCCAGUCUCUGCAGAUUUGAUCAUCAAAAAUAUGACAGUAUAGCAGAGGAGCUUAACUUCAUUUUACUACAAGCAAAUCGGGAGGAUGUGAAAGCUUCAACUCCGCUCUUUGGCAGUUAUGAUGCAGCCGUUCAGGAGACAAAUGAUGAACUGGGAGCUUAUUUGAUCAAGUCCUUCAAAGAGACUUUAGAAAAGUUAACUACUUCUCUUAGCAAAAUGAGUUAA